AUAACCGAACUUCGAAUUAUCGAAACUUCGGAUACACGAGGCUUCGGAUAAUCGAGUCUGGACUGUAUUAGCUAUGUUCCCAUAGUUUUAUUUUUAUUUUAUUUUUUUGUAACAAGUCGAACUACCAAAACCAAAAAAUGAACAUUUCUAAUAAUUAUAGAGACAUUUUUUUUAAAUUACCUUAACCUUAAUCGAAUAAAAUAUAAAAAUUCGACAAAACCAUUAGAAACCUCGCCUCAACACACAUUUCGAUUUCAAAUCUGUCCAAAUGAUAGUUAACCGCAUGCGCUUUUCAACGCACAUGUCUUGCCUUGGAAACCGACAUUUGUUUAUCGGCGUUUUUUAAUACGACGCUCGUUUUCAAUCUUUCUGUCGCGAAAAAAUGUCCAGCGGUCUGGAAGUCGAGCGAAAACGAUCCGAAUCUUCCGAAAGCGACGAUGGCAGCGAGUACACGAUCGCUUCGACGAACGAUUCGUUCAGCUGUGCCAGCACGAGACCGCGCCCAAAGUUUAACGAGAUCGAAAGCGCCAUCAUCAACUCGGUGAUCGAGGAAACGAUCUUCAAGCUGAUCAUCGUCAACAUGGAGGACGAUCAGGGCAGUACGCCGAUCGCGAAGAAACCUCCGAUGCACGUGCGGUUCGAUCCGAGCUACAAGAACAAGAACGAAAACCAGUCGAUGGUGGUCGCGAUGGGAAUGAUGAUACUGGUCAAGCUGAAGAACGACAUAUCAAAUCUGCGCAAGCUGCUGUCGGACACGCACGUGGAGAUGGCCGAGUACGGAACGUUCGAAACGCUGCAAACCUUCAUGGACAACGACAUCCAGAGCGAAAAGGAGGAACACCAGCUGAUCCGGGACAGCAUCCUAAACGACAAGAAGCUGAAGGUGCUGCAAGCCCGGCUGGACGGAGAAACGAAGGAAAAGCGGAGUCUGCUGAAGCAGCUGGAUGACGAGAUCUUCGACUUGGAAACACGGGCCCAGGAAACCAAGGUGGAAAACGACGUCAAGUCACGGCUGGUGCAAAAGUGGGAAGCCACCCGGCACGAGCAGGCCCAGUUUGUGAUCGAGAACAAGGAGAAUGGGCUGCUGAGCAGUUCGAAAAAGACGAGGGAUGAUAUUGAUCGCGAGUUGAGGCUGAAGAGUGAAAUCGAUGUUUACAUUAACUACUGUAUCGAUCAGAUCAACGACAAGAUCUCGUUCUGGACGGACAAGUAUCAGCGGGAGGUGAAGGCAUUCGAUGCGGAUAUUGCGCGCCAUCGUGAUCAUACUGCUGAACUCAAGGUAAAGUACGAGGAGAUGGUAAUUCUGUACAAGCACCGCGAAAAGGAGAUCAAAAUCUGCGCCGAGUCGCGCAAGGAGCGCGAAAAGCAGAUGGCCUUCGCCGACAUGCAGCUCCGGUCCGCCAUCAAGAUUCAGGCCUGGUGGCGCGGCACCAUGGUCCGCAAGGGACUGGGGCCGUUCAAGAAGAAGAAGAAAUCCAAACCACCGAAGGCGUCCAAAAAGGGCAAAAAGGGAAAGUAGAAUUUUAAGAGCGGGCAUUUCUUUUGUGUUCUACGGAAUAAGUGUGUGUCGAUUUGAUUUUGUUUUUUAUUAAAAAGUGUGUAUUUUAGCGCUAACACAGUCCAAUAUGUUAUUCGAUAGAACGGCAGUCAGAUCUGUAUUUUUUCCGGCCAUGUUUGCGCUAUUUGCUGUCUACAUGUAUUAUGCGCGAUCAAUGUACAAUAUAUAGCUUUUUGAUUACCGCCAAAUCAAUGUAAAAUCUUGUUUAUUCCUCUACUUUCUCUUUAAAAUAUAAAUAACUGUUUUAUAUUCGUCAUCUGUUUUCCAUAUUUCUUUCUUUUCUUUAGCAAUAUAUAAGUGUAGAAAAUAAUUUAAUAAAUAUUUGAUCCGUUUGUUGGAUACGUUGUCGUUCGCACACCUAGUUUUUGUGUUGUCAUCUUCUGUUCAGUACGUUCAAUGCAGAAUGUUAAACUGGAAAGUUGCAUCUCUGCUAAGAUUUGGUUGGUGUGUUUGUGUUUUAUAUUUACGAAGGGUGGCUAAGUAGUGCAACGAGCAAAAUAAAAACAAAAAUAAAAUUCACAAAUUCAUUAUUCAGCGUAGUUUUUGUUGUUGUUGUAUAAAUCACAAUUCAGUAUUCAGUUUAUGUUACAGUUGUUUUUUUCUCGAGGGUUGCUUUAGAGGAUAUCUGUUUUUUUUUUUUUUUCAGAUAAUCAUAAGACUGGGCCUCACUGCUAUUUGUGGGAUUAUUUUGUUUCAUUUUGGCUAAGUUUGGGUUGUUGUUUUUUCAACAAUUGUAGAUUUUGUAGACUAUAGUCAGAGCCGUACCUUGGCUCCACGGCGCCCUUGGCGAAGCAUCAAUUUGGCGCCCCACCCAAAAUUACAAGCAUUUUGAUAAACUGAUGUUAUUUUUCAAUGAUUGCUUCAAUGAGUUUUGAUUGUAUAAUUGCAAUUGGAGACCUUGUGAUGGUUAAAAUCAGAAACACAGUAUUUUUAUUGUUUUGUUUUUCAAAUUGAUUUGAGAUAGGUUGAAUUGAAAAUUUAUUGGAGGAAUUAAGUUGGCUGAAUAUUUUCUCAGAUUUCAUAAAAUCGAUAAUAAUAGCACGGUUUUAUUUUUCUUAAUUUAUUUUUCUGAUAAAUGCACAGAAUUGAAUACUCAAUCCUGAUGAGUUUUCAUUUCGGUGUAAUUAGAUAAAGAAAAAUCCUUCUUCAAAAUUAUAAAAAUAAUAAGUAUAAUUUUUCAACAUGCAGCGGCAGAACCAAAUUCCGUCAUAAUCAAUUAAUGAUCAUUCAAAAUCUAGCGCAAUUCAUGAUGAAACUUAUUUUGAUGAUAAUAAUAAUAGCAUUAUAUUUGGUGAAAAAUAUGAAGAUAAGUAAUUUUUAUUAUUUUUUAUAGAUUCGCCCAUACUGGGCGUCUGGGUGUGGGUCUCGUGGCGCAGGGGUAGCGGCUUCGGCUGCCGAUCCCGAUGAUGCUAUGAGACGCGGGUUCGAUUCCCGCCUUAUCCACUGAGCUUCUAUCGGAUGGUGAAGUAAAACGUCGGUCCCGGUUUCUCCUGUCUCGUCAGAGGCGCUGGAGCAGAAAUCCCACGUUAGAGGAAGGCCAUGCCCCGGGGGGCGUAGUGCCAAUAGUUUCGUUUCGGGCGUCUGGAAUAUAUUUUAUGUUUUUUUGUAAAAUUAUGUUGUUCAUUGAUAUUUUUCAUUGAUAUUUUUUAAAUUUAUUUUU